AGAGGGGCCUCGGAUACCCCGGCUCUUAUACAGCUGGUCCAUUUUCCACCUCAAAUUUUACCUCUCUUCUCUCCAACAUUCCUUGAACUCAUCCCCCAAACCAUUCCUUUGGAGAUAUCCAACCUCUUAUACUUCACUACCUAACAGUAAAUACCUACCUGCACUGGUUUACCCCGCAGGGACCAAACGCAAUGAUCUUGAGCAGAGUAUCAUUGGGCUUUUUGGGCCUGUUCUUCAUGGCAGGCUCCAUUUUGCUGAUCUUUCUCACACUGCUGGGGGGUGCUCGCAAUAGCACCCCACUGAACGAGAUCUACUUCCUGCAGGCCGACACUGGGAACAUCCCUGGGGCCCCAAGCAUUUCGCGAUGGACCUUCUGGAACGUCUGCGGAGUGACCAACAAUGGCAGGAAUGACUGCGGCAAAUCGCACCCCGACUACCCAUUUGACCCCCCAAGCCACCGCACUUUUGAUACCACCGUUAAUAUUCCCCCUGAGUUCAUCGGAACGAACCACUACUUCUUGACGUCGCGUUUCAUGUUCCCAUUCAUCAUUAUCGGUCUGUUCUUCGCCGUGUGUUCGCUCUUCACUGGUUUGCUAUCUAUGUGUACCCGUAUCGCCAGCUACCUCUCUGGUUUCCUGGCCUGGCUCGCUCUGACUUUCCAGGGCAUCACCACCUGCCUCAUGACUGCUGUCUUUGUUCAGGGCCGCGACGCCUUUAAUCGCAAUGGUCAAAACUCCCAGCUGGGCGUUAAGGCCUUCUCCUUCAUGUGGACUGCUACCGCUUGCCUGUUCCUCUCAUGUCUGAUGUACUGCCUCGGCGGUGCCGUCGGCCGGAAAGACAACUCUGGAUACAGCGGACGCAAGGAACGCCGCCGUGGGUUCUUCUCCUCACAGCGCUCUAACAGUGUGAGAAGCCAGAAGAAGGAGCGGGAGAACAACUCCUACGCUUAAUGGAUAGCAUAAGUUAUCCGGUCCCGCGUUUCUCAUCUCAAUCUCGACAAGAUAACAAAACCGGAGAACCAGGCAACAUCGUCGAUACCAGUCGACCUCCGGGCCUUCCAUAUACGACUUUAUAUCCUCCUGGUUGAUAUCCCCUUUGGAAGUUCAUGCUUUCUCCAGGAGACGAGACCUCUUACUAUGCUUUGAUUUGAUUUGACCUUCCAGGAUUGAAGCACCCACACUCACUUGAUGCUGUUACGAAAACCUUACGAUCCUUGCUGAACUUAAUUCCGGGGCCACCAGAUGGCUGUGGGCAUUUACUGCGCAGUACUCAUUUUGGUUUGGUGCACGUUAAAACAACGCGAGUUUUUGAUGAUUUAUGGAUGAAUCACAUGGUUCAACGAUUCUCCGAUUUUGAAGAUCAUUUUGGAUUUGUGUCUUUCGUUGCGACGAUACUUAAUAGUUGUUGUAAUAUAAUCUAUUGCCUUAAAAUCACUGGAAGUAAAAUCUUGAUUUUUAGACAGCUGACAUAGAUAUAUAGAUGCCUUUUGUUGGAAACAAAAGAGGAACUAGCAGAGAGAUAGUAACCGUGAGAAU